AUGUCAAUUUUACCGUUUACUCCGCCGAUUGUGAAAAGAUUGCUGGGCUGGAAGAAGGGAGAGCAGAACGGACAGGAGGAGAAAUGGUGCGAAAAGGCAGUCAAGAGUCUGGUGAAGAAGCUGAAGAAGACGGGACAGCUGGACGAGCUGGAGAAAGCCAUCACAACUCAGAAUGUCAACACCAAGUGUAUCACCAUACCACGAUCACUAGAUGGUCGGUUGCAAGUAUCUCAUAGGAAAGGACUCCCUCAUGUGAUCUACUGUCGUCUGUGGCGCUGGCCUGACCUGCAGUCACAUCAUGAGCUCAGAGCCGUUGAACUCUGCGAGUUUGCCUUUCACACAAAAAAGGACGAGGUCUGUGUCAAUCCCUACCACUACCAGCGGGUCGAGACACCAGUUCUUCCUCCAGUGUUGGUGCCUCGUCACACUGAAAUCCCCAGUGAGUUCCCUCCUCUAGAUGACUACAGUCACUCCAUCCCAGAAAACACCAUUUUUCCUGCAGGCAUUGAACCCCAGAGCAACUACAUACCAGAGACGCCCCCUCCAGGCUACAUCAGUGAGGAUGGAGAGACCAGUGAUCAUCAGAUGAACCGCAGCAUGGACACAGGGUCUCCAAACCUGUCACCGAACCCUGUGUCUCCUACCCACAACAACUUAGAUCUACAGCCAGUGACAUACUGUGAACCAGCGUUCUGGUGCUCGAUCUCAUACUAUGAGCUGAACCAGAGAGUCGGUGAAACGUUCCAUGCCUCCCAGCCCUCUUUAACAGUAGACGGCUUCACAGACCCGUCCAACUCUGAGCGCUUCUGCCUGGGCCUGCUGUCCAAUGUGAACCGCAACGCUGCUGUGGAGCUCACGCGCAGGCACAUUGGGCGAGGUGUGCGUUUGUACUACAUUGGUGGUGAAGUGUUUGCAGAGUGUCUGAGUGACAGCGCCAUCUUUGUUCAGAGUCCCAACUGUAACCAACGUUACGGCUGGCACCCCGCCACUGUUUGCAAGAUCCCACCUGGCUGUAAUCUGAAGAUCUUUAAUAACCAGGAGUUUGCGGCUCUUUUGGCCCAGUCUGUGAAUCAGGGCUUUGAGGCCGUGUACCAGCUCACCCGCAUGUGCACCAUUCGCAUGAGCUUCGUGAAGGGCUGGGGAGCCGAGUACAGGCGGCAGACAGUGACUAGCACCCCCUGCUGGAUAGAACUGCACCUGAACGGUCCUCUGCAGUGGCUGGACAAAGUGCUCACUCAGAUGGGCUCCCCCUCCAUCCGCUGCUCGAGUGUGUCAUAGGAAAAACACUCCAUAUACCACCGGAUCCAGGAAAAAAGUUCCUUCAGGAGUAGAAGGCUGAAGACCUUCAUACCUGCCAACUAAUUGGGUUCCACAAACUCGGUAGCACUUUCAUGUUGGAGGAGUGUAUUACAGAAUGUGUAUAUACUCGUUUUUAUGUUAUUGGUAGCCAUUUUUAUUGCCAUUAUUGAUAUCAAAUAUGGCCAUUUAUGACAUAUUUAGUUAUAUACUGUUUCACAUGUAUGUAAGUUCUCUCCUCUGUUGUGUCCAUUAUGAUUCUUUUAUAUUAGGUACAUUUUUACCAUAAAAUAGGCUUGUUUUUUUUUAGAGACAUGAAAAAAGUGCUUUUUUGUUAAGUGAAUACAUCAUAUUUUUCGAAUAUCAGUUAAACUGUAUUUUUGAUAUUUUUUUGGUUUGAUCAAACUGAAAUUUGCCCCCUGUCACAAUGUUAUGUAGUACAUAUAAAGAGGUUUUGACCUUCCUCAUGAGAAAGAAACAGGAUGUCUUUGACUAAGCGGUGUGUUCAGAGAUUGGAAACUCAAAUUUAUUAUUGUUUUUGAUUCCACAAAACACCACAUUUCCAUAUCCCGUUUUGUCCUAGUCUGUGAAAUGUGCUGGACAGCACUUUAAAAAAACAUACAUUAGCUCUUCAGCUUUAUAAAAUUCCCUAAACAGAAUACUAUAUAACAAACUUACAUACCAGUUUAUGUAACAUGCUUCUAUGCUUCACAAAAUCUAAGUUUGUUUAAAUGUUUGGGGAUUUUGUCAUUGUACAGGUUCAGUUCAGAUACUUCUCCUACAGCAGAUUUCCAGUUUUAGUGUUUUUCAUCUCUUAACCCGGACCUGUGUGUGUUUGGAGGUUACUUGAGGGUGUUUUACCUGUUCCAGCCGUCGUCUGUGAGCGUUAUGUAGUGUCUGGUCUGUUGUUGAGUUCAACUUUGUCUGCAGCGAACCGGCUGUCUGUUUUGCGCGAAUGAAUGUGAAUUAUUAUUGGGUUUUAUAGGAUUCACCACUCACAACUCCACGUGUUGAGCCGCGCUUUCAUUCGUUGUUCUUUAGUGAGUGGGUGAGGAGCUGUUCAAGGUCUGGUGAGGUCUCCCAGUUGUCCACUUUGGAAAAUAAAUUUCCUCAUGUGGUAGUUUUUGAAAACUGGGCAUUACAUAAUUUUGAGCUCUAUAUAUAGUUUAUGCUUCAUAUCUCACAGUGUUAGUUUUGUCUGUGGAUAUGUACUGCACACUCACUCAGUUUCAUUUCUAGAGGAUGUGGGAACCCAAGGACUCACAGGUAAGUGUGCCUUCGCAUCAACUUUCACAACAGAGUUUGUAAAUAGUAUAUAGGAGACUUCUUCACAGGCAUUCAUCCAUAUUGAGUAAGUGGGUUGUCCAAUGUUGGACCACUCAGGGUUGUGAUCUAUUCUCAGCUGAACUUGUAAAUAUGUCUGAUAAAUUGAUUAUGCAUGCCUAUUUUCUGAAAAUCAUGCCAUUUGUACUGUAGACUAUUUUGCUACCAAAUAUUUUUUCAGAAGUGUGACGGGAAAGUAAAUGCUCUUACCUCUGUGUUUGUAACCGUCGAAAGGGGGGUGGGCUGCACUGCUGGCAGGUUUUUAUAUGGUUGUAUUUUUAUAUACGUCGGAUACUCAAAGGAUAUGGGGAAGGGAAAAGUCACAAUGGGUUUUGUGAAAGCCAGUUAAAUAGCAUCAGGUCAGUGUGAUUCGCUUGCAAUGAGGAGCUCUUUCCAGGCUUUUUGAAAUCUCUGGUGUCACAAUGUGUUAUAAAGGAAUCAUGGAGGAAAAUUGCAUUUAGGUGCAUCGUACUUCACAGAUAGGAGAAAAGAUGUGUAACAUCUGUUUGCUUAAAUGUUAAUAAGGACUGUUGUGCGAUUUAGGACUUUGAUAAAGUCAGUGUGUUGUAUGACUUGGAUUCCUUGAAAUGUAUUUAAAAUCUCUUGAUGUCAUCCGGCAAGACAAAAUAGAAGGUACUUGUAUUUUUCAGGAAAUGAUUUGUUGUCCAUUUAAGCAACAUUAACUGUUUUCUUUGAUAGGAAGAAAAUCAAAUCUCAUUCUCUCAACAAAUUGUUGAACAUAUUUUAAGUAAUGUGCAUUUAUUGUGCUUGUGUUAAACUUUCACAUUCAGUGACGUUGUGACUUAGUGGUGAUUGUUGUGCUUGACAUGUUAGAUUUUUUUUCUCUGUAUAAGUAUAUAACCUUUAUUAUUUCUCUCUGUCUUUAAAGUUUGUCAGGAGAAAAAAAUUAUUGUUUAUUAUUGUUGUACUUUUAAUAAA